AUGUCGAGCAGAGCAGGCGGUCUAUACGGCGGUAUCCAGUUUUCGUCUGGCACCACUGUACCAGCUUCUGCCUCUCAGCCAGCUUCUACAUCUUCUGCUGUCGAACAAAAGGAUAACGAACCAACGCCACAGCCGGUAGCCGUACCAAUACCACAAGCAACACCUGCAGUCGCGCCCGAAGGCGCAAAAUCUACAGCCGGGUGGUCCGCUGCCCUUGCAUUCGCGCCUGUACGACGAAACCAGCAAAAAUCGAAACCAGCAGCGCCAAGGCUCCCAGCAGGCGCAGCUCUCGCAACAGCCAAUUCCGCAACAGUCUCGUCUUCGGCGGUUAUCUUUGCCCCACCGGUUUUGGUCGAGCCACCCAAGCCUUCGGAGCCCGUACAAGAACCCGCCCCGACGCAGGGAGCAUGGGGGAAGAAAGUCAAGCCCCCUUCGAUGGUUUUGGAGGAAGAUGUCAACGGUUUCAGAGCCGCUGGACAAAAGAAGAAGGGUGGGAAAGGCAAAGGCAGAAAGCAUAAAAACCAACCAGUCGUAGCUGUCUGGGAUCCGAUGGAGCCAUAUGAUCUCCUAAAGCCAAACGACUACAACGAGUUCAAAGUCUGGAGGCAGAAGGAAAAAAUUGAGAAGCGAGUACGUUUAGCUGAGCAACACCGUAAGCGAGGACGGAGCAGCGAUUAUACGGACAGCGAUGGCGGAUCGUCCGAAGAUGAGCGGCCACGUAAAACUGGUCGGUACGAGGAACAUUAUGACCACUGGUCCCGAGCCGAUGAUGAGAAACACGGUAUCGGGCGUCCUGACCCACCAGUGGCUCUCGUCGAUAAGAACACGACAGGCGAUGAAGCAUACCAGCGCCGACUCGCCUUGUCGAGACCUCAGCCACCUCGAGCGCCUUCACCAUCUCGGAAUGACGACAUUCCAGUUCCUGUUGCCCCCGCACCUCCUCCUGUGACUGAAACAGGUGAUGAGGCGUAUCUCCGACGCCUGGCAAUGAGUAGUCGUCCGCCAGUGCCAGUACCAGCGCCACGUCCUCCUUCACCACCUCAACUAGCGUACAAUCCUUUCGCCCCACCGUCUGUUCCACCACCACCUCCAGGUCCCCCGGCAGCAGCACUUCAAGCUUCGAUAGACGAAAAGGUCAAAGCUGCUGCAGCGAUCGCUGCGCGCUUAGGUGCUUUAGCUAGUGCUACACCAACACCAUCUACACCCCCUGAAGAAUCAGCAGGGUCAUCAAAGCGACCUGACCCUCACGGGUUUGCCGCGCGACUGAUGGCCAAGUGGGGUCACAAGGAGGGACAAGGUUUGGGCGCAGACGGCUCUGGAAUCGUGAAUGCAUUAGCUGUGGAGCAGAUGAAAAACAAAGGUGCAAAGGGCGUUGCCGCGGCGUCCAAUCGGGGUCGAAUUAUCAACGACAAUGAAGAUGCCAAAACGAGAGAAGACAGGGAACGGUUUGGAUUACCGAGCAGGGUGAUGGUGCUCACGAAUAUGGUUAGUCCUGAGGAUGUCGAUGACGGUGAUCUAAGAGAAGAAAUUGGCGACGAAUGUUCCAAGAAUGGGACAGUAGAACGGGUAUUGGUCCAUCUCGUGAACCCGUCCCCUCCUAAUCCAGCAGAUGCAGUACGCAUUUUCGUUUUAUUUGCUGGUCCUGCAGGAGCAUGGAAGACUGUACGCGAGAUGGAUGGGCGGUAUUUCGGUGGCCGAUCCGUUCGUGCUCGAUACUUCCCUGAAGCACAGUUCAACCGACUUGAUCUUGAUGGGCCUUUGACAUAAUUUUCUGGCUUCUUUUUUUGUUUUACGACUUG